GUAUUGACCUAUUUUCCUUCAUACUUGACAUUUGUUCAAAGAAAGUUUCAAUAUAAGAUAAAAAUAAGUUUGCAACUGGAAAGUUGAAAAAUCAGUAAUAGCUAUACAACUUUAAAACUAUUUUUUUUAUGCAAAAGUAAAAAUUAACUUUUUAUUCUUCUAUUAACAACAGGUUCUAAAACUUGAUUUUAACAUCAAACAACAAAAGGAAAUAAAUGGAUUAUCAAAAUAAGAUUAAAAAAAGAAACAGAGACAUUUUGAAUGACACUGCGUCUAUAGAUGUUAUUGAUGGACCUCCAAAAAAGCCUAAAAUGCAUGAGGAUGGGGCUUCCAUAUCAAAUCAAAAAAAUUUGAUUCAAAUCAACGAAAGUUGUUCAAGUACCCAAAUCAGUUCGGAAAAUAUAAUAAGGAAAGAAGAGAAAGUUUUAGUCAGGAAUGACGAGGAAGGUAUAGAAUUUUCGCACAUAAGAUAUUUUCCUAAAAAGCCAACAAGAGAUUUAUCGAAGGUUGAUUUCAAGUUUAACUCUAAUAACUUUUAUGAUACUAACACUUUUCCAAGAGGAACUUUAACAAUAAUAAAUGUAAACAACUUUAUGAAAUCUUCUGGUGUGCAUAAAGACUCUAGAUUAGGUACAGAGGAUGAUGCAGAGAUUCUAUGUAAUCUUUUCCUAGAAUUAGGUUUUAAAAUAGAUAAAAUUAACAAUCCCAAGUCAACUGAUGUAUUAAAAAUACUGAAGCAGGCAGCAAAUGAAGAUUAUUCUUCAAUGAGUUGUUGUGUGGUCGCAUUACUAUCAUAUGGAGAAGAGGGCAAAAUUAUUUGCACAAACGAAUCUUUAAAUAUAAGGGAAAUAACAAAUCUAUUCUGCACCAAAGCUUUAGCAGGAAAACCAAAAUUUUUUUUAGUUGAAAGUUGUCUAGGAAAAAAUUACAUAGAAUCAUUAGACAGUGUUGAUGGCCGUGCAUUAUCAAAUAGUGCAAAUCUUGGAUUACCACAUAAUGCAAAUGUUCUAAAACUGCCUGAAGAAAGCGAUUUUUUGUAUGCCUAUUCAACAGUUCUAGGUUCUUUUUCAAACAAAGAAAUUGGUUCGUGGUUUAUCAAAGCUGUUGUUUCUGUUUUUUGUGAAUACGCCCAUAAAAUGGACGUUGUUCAACUUUUAACACGUGUGAACGAUAAAGUAAGCGAAAAAAGGUCGGAAACCAUAGAUAAAGCAACAAACAAUAAAAAACAAAUCGGCUUAAUAAUCUCUCAAUUGCGAAAGGAGUUAUUUUUACCACCAAUUUAUGGACCAAUGGAAAUCGUAUAAAAUUCAUAUUUUGUUGAAAACUAAAAUAUAUUACUAAUAUUCAAA